GCUUGAGCAACUGUGGCCAUAUUUUUUCUUCUUUUGCGCUCUUCCCUUUUGAAACUGUUCUCGCCGCCUCCGUUUUGUGCCGCUCUUCUAAGAUAAAGAGCGCGCGUCUCGAGAUAAAUGCGAAAAAUAUUGUAUCUCAAUGGCCGCGGUGUUUCCGAUGUGAAAAUUAAACGAAACCGUAUUCAUUAUUUUGUGUUUGUUCUGCUCAACAGAAAAGUGUGUAUUAAAAAACCUCAAUAGCACCCACAUUACGACGAGAAAACUCAAACGACAAAACCAUAGUUGAAUUGAGUGAGAAUACUAUAUAUAUAUAUAUAGAGAGAGAAAGAGAGUAAAUACACCGCUACAAUGUCGGAAGAAGUAGAUCGCAACGAUCCCGAGCUGAAAUACCUUUCGGUGGAACGGAACCAAUACAAUGAUCCGGCCACACAGGCGGAAUGGACACAGAAGCGCCUGGUCUGGGUGCCCCACGAGCAUCAAGGCUUCGUGGCCGCUAGUAUUAAGCGGGAACAUGGCGACGAGGUUGAGGUUGAACUGGCCGAGACCGGCAAGAGGGUCAUGAUUCUGCGCGACGAUAUACAAAAGAUGAAUCCGCCAAAAUUCGACAAAGUCGAGGAUAUGGCCGAUCUGACGUGCCUCAACGAGGCUUCCGUGCUGCACAACAUUAAAGACAGAUACUACUCUGGCUUGAUCUAUACAUAUUCCGGUCUAUUUUGCGUUGUGGUCAAUCCGUACAAGAAACUCCCCAUCUACACCGCAAAGAUUAUGGAACGGUAUAAGGGUAUAAAGCGACACGAAGUGCCACCGCAUGUGUUUGCAAUAACGGACAGUGCCUAUAGAAACAUGUUGGGUGAUCGCGAAGACCAAUCGAUUUUGUGUACUGGCGAAUCGGGUGCUGGCAAGACGGAGAACACCAAGAAGGUCAUCCAAUUUCUGGCCUAUGUGGCAGCCUCCAAGCCCAAGGGCUCUGGUGCGGUGCCGAAUCCUGCCAUUCUGAUUGGUGAACUGGAGCAACAACUGCUGCAAGCGAAUCCCAUACUGGAGGCCUUUGGCAAUGCCAAAACCGUCAAGAACGAUAAUUCAUCGCGUUUCGGCAAAUUCAUACGGAUCAAUUUCGAUGCCUCUGGUUUCAUUUCGGGCGCCAACAUCGAGACGUAUCUGCUGGAGAAGUCGCGGGCCAUACGCCAAGCCAAGGACGAACGUACAUUCCACAUCUUCUAUCAGUUGCUGGCGGGCGCCUCGCCGGAGCAGCGCGAGAAGUUCAUAGUCGAUGAUGUCAAGUCGUAUGCAUUCCUGUCGAACGGCAGCCUGCCAGUGCCCGGUGUGGAUGACUAUGCCGAGUUCCAGGCCACCGUCAAGUCGAUGAACAUCAUGGGCAUGACCUCGGAGGACUUCAACUCGAUAUUCCGUAUCGUGAGCGCCGUCCUGCUGUUCGGAAGCAUGAAGUUCCGGCAGGAGCGCAACAACGACCAGGCCACGCUACCCGAUAACACAGUGGCCCAGAAGAUUGCCCAUUUGCUCGGCCUGAGUGUGACGGACAUGUCGCGGGCCUUCCUCACGCCGCGCAUCAAGGUGGGCCGCGACUUUGUCACCAAGGCCCAGACCAAGGAGCAGGUGGAGUUCGCUGUGGAGGCCAUUGCCAAGGCCUGCUACGAGCGGAUGUUCAAGUGGCUGGUGAAUCGCAUCAAUCGGUCGCUGGACCGCACCAAGCGGCAGGGGGCCUCCUUCAUCGGCAUCCUCGACAUGGCUGGCUUCGAGAUUUUCGAGCUCAACUCGUUCGAGCAGCUGUGCAUCAACUACACGAACGAGAAGCUGCAGCAGCUCUUUAACCACACCAUGUUCAUUCUGGAGCAGGAGGAGUACCAGCGCGAGGGCAUCGAGUGGAAGUUCAUUGAUUUUGGGCUCGAUCUGCAGCCCACCAUUGACCUGAUCGACAAACCGGGCGGCAUCAUGGCCCUGCUCGACGAGGAGUGCUGGUUCCCCAAGGCCACCGACAAGACAUUUGUCGACAAGCUCGUCUCGGCCCACUCGAUGCAUCCGAAGUUCAUGAAGACCGACUUCCGGGGCGUGGCCGAUUUUGCCAUCGUACACUAUGCCGGACGGGUGAACUACUCGGCGACCAAGUGGCUGAUGAAGAACAUGGAUCCGCUGAACGAGAACAUUGUGUCGCUGCUGCAGGGCUCGCAGGAUCCGUUUGUGGUGAACAUCUGGAAGGAUGCGGAGAUCGUUGGCAUGGCACAGCAGGCCCUGACCGACACCCAGUUCGGGGCACGCACCCGCAAGGGCAUGUUCCGCACCGUGUCCCACUUAUACAAGGAGCAGCUGACGAAGCUGAUGGACACGCUGCGCAACACGAAUCCCAAUUUUGUGCGCUGUAUCAUACCGAACCACGAGAAGCGGGCCGGCAAGAUCGAUGCCCCCCUGGUGCUCGACCAGUUGCGUUGCAACGGCGUCCUCGAGGGCAUACGCAUCUGCCGCCAAGGCUUCCCCAAUCGCAUACCCUUCCAGGAGUUCCGCCAGCGGUACGAUCUGCUCACUCGGAACGUCAUCGCCAAGGGCUUCAUGGACGCCAAGAAGGCCUGCGAGAGGAUGAUCCAGGCGCUGGAACUCGACUCGAAUCUGUAUCGAGUCGGUCAGUCGAAGAUCUUCUUCCGCGCGGGCGUCCUCGCCUAUCUCGAGGAGGAGCGUGACUUCAAGAUCUCCGACCUAAUCGUGAACUUCCAGGCGUCCUGUCGCGGCUUCCUCGCCCGCCGCAAGUACCAGAAGCGGCUCCAGCAGCUGAAUGCCAUCCGGAUCAUUCAGCGCAACUGCGCCGCCUACCUCAAGCUCCGCAACUGGCAGUGGUGGCGCCUCUACACGAAGAUCAAGCCCCUGCUGGAGGUCACCAAGCAGGAGGAGAAGCUCGUCCAGAAGGAGGAUGAGCUGAAGCAGGUGCGCGAGAAGCUCGACACGCUGGCCAAGAACACCCAGGAGUACGAGCGCAAGUACCAGCAGGCGCUUGUGGAGAAAACCACGCUCGCCGAACAUCUGCAGGCCGAGAUUGAGCUGUGCGCCGAGGCGGAGGAGUCGCGCUCGCGUCUGAUGGCUCGCAAACAGGAGCUGGAGGACAUGAUGCAGGAGCUGGAGACGCGCGUCGAGGAGGAGGAGGAGCGUGUGUUGGCCCUGGGCGGUGAGAAGAAAAAGCUGGAGCUGCACAUCCAGGACCUCGAGGAGCAGCUGGAGGAGGAAGAGGCCGCGCGCCAGAAGCUGCAGCUGGAGAAGGUCCAGUUGGACGGGAAGAUCAAGAAGCACGAGGAGGAUCUCGCCCUCACCGACGACCAGAACCAAAAGCUGCUCAAGGAGAAGAAGCUGCUCGAAGAGCGAGCCAACGAUCUCUCCCAGACGCUCGCCGAGGAGGAGGAGAAGGCCAAGCACCUGGCCAAACUGAAGGCCAAGCACGAGGCCACCAUCGCCGAGCUCGAGGAGCGCAUGCACAAGGAUCAGCAGCAGCGCCAGGAGACGGACCGCACCAAGCGAAAGGUCGAAACCGAGGUGGCGGACCUUAGGGAGCAGCUGAACGAGCGACGCACCCAAGUGGAGGAGCUGCAGGCGCAGCUGUUGAAGCGCGAGGAGGAGCUCACCCAGACCAUGAUGCGCAUUGACGAGGAGUCCGCCACCAAGGCCACCGCCCAGAAGGUCCAACGUGAACUCGAAUCGCAGCUCGCCGAGAUCCAGGAGGAUCUCGAGGCCGAGAAUGCGGCCCGCGCCAAGGCCGAGAAGGUGCGACGCGACCUCAGCGAGGAGCUCGAAGCACUCAAGAACGAGCUUCUCGACUCCCUGGACACCACGGCCGCCCAACAAGAGCUGCGCUCCAAGCGCGAACAGGAGCUGGCCACGCUGAAGAAGUCGCUGGAGGAAGAGGGUGUGAACCACGAGGGCGUCCUUGCCGACAUGCGGCACAAGCACUCGCAGGAGCUGAACGGCAUCAACGAUCAGUUGGAGAACCUGCGCAAGGCCAAGUCCGUGCUGGAGAAGGCCAAGGGUACGCUGGAGGCGGAGAACGCCGAUCUGGCCACCGAAUUGCGCAGCGUCAACAGCUCCCGGCAGGAGAACGAUCGACGACGCAAGCAGGCCGAAUCCCAAAUCGCAGAGCUUCAGGUGAAAUUGGCCGAGAUCGAACGCGCACGAUCGGAAUUGCAGGAGAAGUGCACAAAGCUGCAGCAGGAGGCGGAGACUAUCACCAAUCAGCUGGAGGAGGCCGAGCUGAAGGCAUCGGCAGCCGUCAAGUCGGCCAGCAAUAUGGAGUCGCAGCUGACGGAAGCGCAGCAGCAGCUGGAGGAGGAGACACGCCAGAAAUUGGCCCUCAGCUCCAAGCUGCGCCAGAUCGAGUCCGAGAAGGAGGCGCUGCAAGAGCAGCUCGAGGAGGAUGAGGAGGCCAAGCGUAACUUUGAGCGCAAGCUGGCCGAGGUCACCGGCCAGAUGCAGGAGAUCAAGAAGAAGGCUGAGGAGGAUGACGAUCUGGCCAAGGAGCUGGAGGAGGGCAAGAAGCGGCUCAACAAGGAGAUCGAGGUGUUGGAGCGACAGGUGAAGGAGCUGAUUGCCCAGAACGAUCGCCUGGACAAGAGCAAAAAGAAGGUCCAAUCGGAGCUGGAGGAUGCCACCAUCGAGCUGGAGACGCAACGCACGAAGGUGCUCGAGUUGGAGAAGAAGCAGAAGAACUUCGACAAGACCCUUGCCGAGGAGAAAGCCAUAUCACAGCAGAUCGCCCAGGAGCGCGACACUGCGGAGCGGGAGGCGCGCGAAAAGGAGACCAAGGUGCUGUCGGUGUCUCGCGGGCUGGACGAGGCCUUCGACAAGAUCGAAGAUCUCGAGAACAAGCGCAAGACACUCCAGAACGAGCUAGACGACCUGGCCAACUCCCAAGGCACCGCCGACAAGAACGUCCACGAGCUUGAGAAGGCAAAGCGCGCCCUGGAGUCGAAGCUGGCCGAGCUGAAAGCACAAAACGAGGAGCUCGAGGACGACCUCCAGCUGACGGAGGAUGCCAAGCUGCGUCUCGAGGUCAAUAUGCAGGCCCUGCGCUCCCAGUUUGAGCGCGACCUGCUGGCCAAGGAGGAGGGGGCGGAGGAGAAGCGACGAGGACUGGUCAAGCAAUUGCGCGAUCUGGAAGCGGAGCUCGAUGAGGAGCGCAAGCAGCGAACGGCCGCCGUGGCGUCGAAGAAGAAGCUGGAGGGCGACCUCAAAGAGAUCGAGACCACGAUGGAGAUGCAUAACAAGGUGAAGGAGGAUGCCCUGAAGCACGCCAAGAAGCUGCAAGCACAAGUCAAGGAUGCGCUUCGCGACGCCGAGGAGGCCAAGGCGGCCAAGGAGGAGCUGCAGGCGCAGAGCAAGGAGGCCGAGCGCAAGGUCAAGGCCUUGGAGGCAGAAGUAUUUCAGCUGACCGAGGAUUUGGCCAGCUCGGAGCGGGCCCGACGGGCGGCCGAAACGGAGCGCGGCGAGCUUGCCGAGGAGAUUGCCAACAGUUCCAGCAAGGGAUCGCUGAUGGUCGACGAAAAGCGGCGACUGGAGGCCCGCAUUGCCACACUCGAGGAGGAGCUGGAGGAGGAGCAGUCGAAUUCGGAGGUUCUGCUCGACCGCAGCCGCAAGGCGCAGCUGCAGAUCGAGCAGCUGACCACCGAGCUAGCCAACGAGAAGUCCAACUCGCAGAAGAAGAAGAAUGGACGUGCCCUGCUCGAGCGCCAGAACAAGGAGCUGAAGGCCAAGCUGGCCGAGAUUAAGACGGCACAACGUACCAAGGUAAAGGCCACCAUCGCCACGCUCGAGGCCAAAAUCGCCAAUCUGGAGGAGCAGCUGGAGAACGAGGGCAAGGAGCGACUGCUACAGCAGAAGGCCAACCGCAAGAUGGACAAGAAGAUCAAGGAGCUGACGAUGAACAUCGAAGACGAGCGGAGACAUGUCGACCAGAACAAGGAGAAAAUGCUGAAUAGCCGCAUUAAAUUGCUCAAGCGCAUUCUGGACGAGACGGAGGAGGAACUGCAGAAGGAGAAGACACAGAAGCGCAAGUACCAGCGCGAGUGCGAGGAUAUGAUUGAAUCGCAGGAGGCCAUGAACCGUGAGAUCAACUCACUCAAAACUGAACUACGACUGUUCGAAGUAUGCCAGUUUCUGGAGCGCGACGGACAACUAAUGAUUCUUCUGGUCUUUGAGCACCUGGAGCAGGAUUUGUCUGACCUCAUCGAACGCCUGCCCAAAUCAGGCAUGUCCCCCACCACAAUCCAGCGUCUGUCGCGGGAGCUCCUGACCGGCGUGGACUUUCUGCACUCGCAUCGCAUCAUCCACCGCGAUCUGAAACCGCAGAAUCUGCUAGUUUCCGCUCAGGGCCAUCUGAAGAUUGCCGAUUUUGGUCUGGCCAAAACAUACAACUCCGAAAUGAAGCUGACAUCAGUGGUUGUUACGCUGUGGUAUCGCGCUCCCGAGGUACUUCUUAUCCAGCCCUACAACAGUUCCGUGGAUCUCUGGAGUGCCGCCUGCAUAAUCUUUGAGAUGUUCAACCGGAAGGCUCUGUUCCCGUGCACAUCAGAGAAGAACCAGCUGGAUCGUAUAUUCGAGCUGACGGGCCGACCCACAGAUCAGCAAUGGCCCAAAACCAUCUCUGUGGCACGGGAGCAUUUCCCUCACCGCCUUCCCAAGCGGCCACGUGACUUUUGCCCCAACCUGUGCGAGUUCUCCGAUGACCUGUUGAAUGUACCUUUGUGUGUUGCUCUCUCCGUCUGGAUAGACAUACUAAUCUAUGCCCUCCUCCAUGUCCUUCAUCCAGCAAAUGCUGUCGUACGACAUAAACAUGCGCCCCUCGGCCCUGGAUUACCUAGAGCACGAUUACUUCACGCAGGAGCCGCUUUAAGACAGGGCCACCGAUGGGUACAAUGGACAGAGCUCCCAGACGUAGUCGGGUGGAGUUCGUACGCAUUGGAUGGCCGCAACCAGUGUUUUGUUCUUGUCAUAAUGUUCCUUUAAAUGCAGUCCAGCAUGUCAUUCAUUUUCCAGUCUAGGUGUCUUGCCCUGCACCCGGGUCCAGGUCCUAAGGCAGAAGCAGGAGCUGAAUGAAUACCAUACCUUAAUAUGUUUUUAGUCGUAAGUUAAGUGUGGAACGUGCGCAAAACGUGUAGCCGCAAAAUCCAAAAAGUGGAACGAUUCUCGGGGAAGAUCAGUCCCAUUCGAAAUGUGAUACAACAAGUUCAGGAAUACAUUAUACAAUUUCAAAAUUUUGUACAGCAGCAGAAAUAAUUCAAUAUUUAUGCCUAUGUGCAGAAACUAUGUUUGUAAAUACACAUAUGUACAUAUGUAUGUAAGUAUACAUAUAUGCAUUGAUACCUACAUAAUUUGUUAUAGAUCCUAUGGACCGUAAAUAAAAGUACAGUCCCAUAA